AGCGAGCAAGUUCCUCCUGGGUCAUCAAAACAAAAACAGCCCAGUCCGUGUCAGUGUCACAGGAAUCUGCAUCUCAAACGUCUCAUCAUGGUGCUGAAAACCUGCUGCGUUUACAGCACCGGGGUUUUCUCUCUGUUACUGUUGAUUCUCGGCGUUUCGUUGGUUUUAUCCGGCGUGUUUCCACAUUUGCUACACUUGGCGGUUGAAACGGAAGUAGUUUUAAAAAAUGACACAGAGGCGUUUGAGGCCUGGGAAAAUCCACCGGCACCUAUCUACAUGCAGUUUUACUUCUUCAAUGUGACAAAUCCUCUGGAGGUGUUGGAUGGGGACAGACCGGCUGUGGUGGAGAUCGGACCAUAUACGUACAGAGAAUACCGGCCUAUGGAGCAAGUGGUCUUCCAUGAUAACGGCACCAAAGUAACAGCUGUCAACACUAAAACCUACAUAUUCCAGCGUAACAUGUCCCGAGGUCCAGAGAGUGACCUCAUCAGGACGGUUAACAUCCCUGCCAUGACGGUGAUGGAGAGAUUCAAGGACCACUCUAUAGAAGCCAAUCUGAUCUCCGCCUACAUGAGAUCCCAGGGGGAGGGCCUGUUCACCACCCGCACAGUGGGAGAGCUGCUGUGGGGAUAUGAAGACGGCCUACUUAAAGCCCUCAAACGUCUAAGCCCUGACCUGGAUGAUGUUUUCGGACUCUUCUAUAAGGCCAAUGCUUCAAAUGAUGGAGAAUAUGUGUUCUUCACUGGCCAGCAGAACUACAAAGACUUUGCUAGAGUGGACACAUGGAACGGUGAAAGAUCCUUGAAUUGGUGGACAUCUGAUGAGUGCAAUAUGAUUAAUGGAACCAACGGAGCGUCUUUCCAUCCAGUCCUCACCAAGAAUGAAAUGCUCUACAUGUUCUCUUCUGACCUGUGCAGGUCCCUGUACGCUCUGUAUGAGGACGAGGUGACGGUGAAGGGGAUCCCUGGGUAUCGAUUCAGUCCCCCCAGCGAGGUGUUUGCUAAUGUAACGGUGAACCCAGACAACGCAGGCUUUUGUGUGCCUGCUGGUAAUUGCCUGGGAUCUGGCGUGCUGAACGUCAGCGCAUGUAAACAAGGAGCUCCCAUCAUAAUGUCGUCACCACACUUCUACCAGGCAGACGAGAAAUUUGUUCAGGACGUGUUUGGCAUGAUGCCCCAGAAGGAGCAGCACCAGACGGUCAUUGAUCUCAAUCCGCUCACAGGGUUCGUCCUUCAAGCAGCCAAGCGCCUCCAGGUUAAUGUAUAUGUGGAGAAAAUUCCCACCUUCAGUCAAACAGGAAAUGUGAGGACAGUGGUCUUUCCUGUGGUUUAUCUCAAUGAGAGCGUCGUCAUUGACGAAGCAUCGGUUGAGAAGCUAAAGCAGAUUGUCCUGGAGAAGAACGUUGUGGAGAACAUUCCAUUCAUGCUGAUCGGUUUGGGCAUCUUCCUGGGGUUAGUCUUCAUGUUCUUGAUGUGUCGGCAGAAGAUCCCUGAGAGCACCGCUGCUGAACGACAGCCGCUGCUCUCCUCAUAGCACCAAACAGGAGGCCAAAGGAGGAGGUCGAUCAUGUUCAAAGGUUUAUUUCAAAGGUUCAGCUGAUCUCAAAUUUGUGCCGUUAAUCCCCGAGUAACAGUUUCAACAUUUAACCAGAAUGCAUCCAUUUUAAUCCAGUGUUUUAUAAGGAAACAGACUGUCUUUGUGUUGUUUGUGAGGAUUUGAGGUUAAUUUCGUCAAACCAGUCAUUUUUAACGAUGCUGAAAUCUGCUUUUUUUAAAAUAUAGAAUUUACAUGGAACAUAUUUUUCUUUGACUGUUUGAUAAUAGCUGAAACUGCAAACAUGUAAUUUAAAUCCCAAAUAUGUUUGGAGGCUUAGCUCUGAACUAUCAAACCUCCAGGAUUUGAAGAAAACAAACACCAGACUCUUAUUUGACUGUAGCCGUAUCUUUAUGUAAAAUUGCCACAUUUUUUUCCAGCUACUGGAACACUUGAAAGAAUACUGUCAGACUCUGAGUUAGUUUUAAAAGGAGAAAAUCGACAUUUUACAUUUUUGUAUCAAUUCAGAAGUCAUCUGUGCCAAAUGACUGUUUUGUUCUUAAUGCGAAAAAUAUGAUUUCAAGACUCUAAAAUAUGUUGUUUACAGAAGAAAAAAAAAGGUUCUCAAGUCGUAUCUCAUUUCUGGAUUUUAGUGUGGACAUUUCUCAGUUUGUCAGACUCCAAAAUUGUGAUGUUGUGGAUCAGCUUCAGUAUAAAACCAUGUACUCUGCUUGUAGUUUUCAGUUCAACCCUGUAAUCUGCAGUAUUUACGCUGGUGUGUGUAAUGUGGAAUAAGAGCCGAGCAGUAUUACUUCAACAGCAGCAGGAUAAAGGGAAGUGUUCUGAAUGUACUGAUUGUGUGAGAUGCACUGAAAUCAUUUCUUUCCCUUCAUUCCAAUUGUUGCUCAUGAAAUUGUCGUAAUUUUUGAUCACGCUACAUCAUUGUGUGAAUAGGGUGGUCCUCAAAUACACACUAAAAUUUAAAUGUUGACUUUUUUGGGUGCUUCUUAACAAAACAGUUCAUAUUUAUAAGAAAUAAUUUGUGCCAAAUAUCUUUAAGAUAUGACUAAAUUUACCACUGUCACAUGAGGUGUGUAUACAGGUGAUCAGACGAUUCGUAAUUAUAUGAUAUACAAAUGCAAUAGAGUAUAAUAAGAAGUCCAAAUUUAAUAAGAAAUCAAAGUUAUAAUGAAUUACAUCAAUGUGGGCAAUAUCAAAUAAAUCAAUCAUGUUUGUCUGAAAGUCUCUUUCCUUCUCUGUCUUUUUCUCCAGCUUUAUUAUCGCAUUUCAUUCUUCACCAGUUCUUGCCUUCUGCCAAAUACCCAUUGUCUCACGUACCACUUGUGCCACUGCAGUUCUAAUUUCUGACUUCUCAUCACUGUGCAAUCUAAAGUACCGUUGGAGAACCUCACCCCAUGUUGGAAGCCUAUUUUCAGGCGGUUCAUCCAUGGGGGAGCCAAUCAGCCACACACUCUUCUGCUUGCGUGUUGCACAUGCCAUCUUCACUGUUCUAUGACUCUCUGCCAAUACUUGAGUCAGUACUGCUUGUGCUGUUCUCGGUUAACUAAGAAGUCCAGUGGUCAUGUGAACAAGAAUUUAGGCAUUUCUUCAUUUUCAUGUUGUAUGCGAAGCACAAGAGUUCACCAUUGCGCCAACCUUAUAACAAUAUGCUUCUCAGGGGGAAAAGCAAGUGUUAUGUGACAGUGGUUAAACCUUUCAAAAUCUCCAUUACUUUUUCCCCCAAGAGGAACAAAAAAAAAAUCAAAAAGCACAUUUGAAAAAUUUAACUUGAUAUUUUAGGACCACCCUAGUGUAUGAAGAAUGUUUAUUUGGCAAAGAAGAAAACUCCUUGGCCUGAUUUUCUGGUGUAAAUUCUGCACUUCUAAGCAGCAUUUUGUGACUUUAUUGGGUUGUUUUCUUAUUGUGCUAUUGCUAUUUAGAUCAUUCAUUCCUAACGUAAAUGAAUUUUCUGUCCAGCACUACAAUAGAAUAUCACUCUAAUGUGCAAUAUUUUACUGUCAGUAACCACAAGUCACUGAAGGAACGUUUUGUGUUUGUUUUUUGGUGUUUUAUGUGUAAAAGAUAUCAGCCUUGACACUACUGCUCCCCCACAGUACAAUCAACACCCCGCAUGUGAUCACUGUUUACAUGCUUUGAAUAGGUCGUACAUCUCACUGUUUGUCUCAUCAUUUACUACCAUUUACCAGUAAACUUGCCGUGUUCUUCUCUA